CGCAGGAAAGUUGCGAAAAAAAAAAAAAGUUUUGGAGAGAUUGUGAUAAAAGUUGGCUGCUUCCGGAAAAGAAAACAUUGUAACUUUAAAAAUAACAACAACAACAACAACAACAAUAAUAAUAAAGUAAACGAUCCAGCAUCGCAAGGGAAUACACUUGAUAAAGGGAAGUCUGGAAAGCCGGGAUAAACACUUUAAAACAAACAAACAAAAAAAAAAAACAGCAGCGUUAGUUUUGUGAAAAAAGAAAAAAAAAAAAACUAAUAUAUUUAAAGCUGCACGGAGGGUUUUCAUGCCCGCUUGUUGAACCGCGAUCCGAGCACCCAGAUAAUGAGCGAAGCAGUGACGCAGGAUCCCCCGGCCACCACCGCCGAGGAGCCGGCUGCGCCAGAGACCCUGCAGCCGGAGAAAAAAGUCUUGGCCACGCUGGUUCAAGGCACAGUGAAGUGGUUUAACGUUCGUAAUGGAUAUGGAUUCAUCAACAGGAAUGACACCAAAGAAGAUGUUUUUGUCCACCAGACUGCAAUCAAAAAAAACAACCCCAGGAAGUUCCUGCGCAGUGUUGGGGACGGGGAGAUUGUGGAGUUCGACGUGGUGGAAGGAGAGAAGGGUGCGGAGGCCUCCAACGUGACGGGCCCCGCGGGGGCCCCGGUGAAGGGGAGCCGCUACGCCCCGAACAGACGCAGGUUCCGCCGUCGCUUCUUCAACCGGCCUCGGGGGCAGGGGGGCGACUCGGGGGAGGGGUCUCCCACUGAGCCUGCCCCCGAGGGGGAGGGGUUGGGAGACGGCGCCACCCCUCAACAGCCCCCCCGGCGCCGCAGAGCCCCGCCCCCAUUCUUCUACCGCAGGAGAUUCCAGAGGCGCCCCCCAGGACAGAAGUCUCCACUCCCCCCCCACCACCACCUCCUGGGUGAGGGUCAAGGAGCUGAACCCAAAGAAGGGGUGGAACCCAAAGGGGUGGAGCCUAAAGGGGCAGAGCAGCCUGGCGACCAGCAGCGAGGCCCCCAGCAGAGGCGUUUCAGACCGCAGUAUCGCAGGCCAUUCCGCCCCAGACAGCCUGGAGGUGAGGAGGCGGGGGGCGAGGGUCCGGCGGAGGGCCAGGCCGAGGAAGGGGGGGCGCCCGGCGCUCGGGCCCAGAGACCCCGCAGACCAUUCACACGACGCAGGCAGCAGAGAGGAGGGGCGGUUCCCCCCGGCCCUGAGUCCGCACAGCCUGCCGCGGACAAGGAUGGAUCUGACAAGCCUGCUGACUCCGCCCCCAGUGCCACGCCCUCCUCCCCCACAGAGCAAGCCAAGGAGGCGGAAGUUCAAUUCCAUAGUCACGCUUAUAUGUUUUCCUACCCACUGUUGCGGGAGGCGAAAGGAUCCUAA